AUGGUGAAUUUAUUUAGUGUCCCUAUGCCAGUAAAACGGAUGUUUGACGCAUUUCCCGUGCAGGUGUAUCCUGCGCAAGCAGACAAGGACAAGACCGUCACAUUUGAAGUACAGCGCAGGUCCUAUGCAUUCGCAAAACGCAGUGAUGAGGAUUUGGAAUUCACUGUAGAGGACAAGUACACGCUAGGUGUCUACAACGUUUUUUCAGAGGCUACUACUGGGGCGGUGCUGGCUACAGAUCCAUGGUGUUUAUGUGUUGAGCUUGCACUGUGCCAAAAGAAUGGUCUACGCCUGCCCACGCAAUCACAAGAACGAGGGACGUCUCAUUAUUGUAGCCAUGAAUUGACGGUUCUCUCUCGUCUAUGCAACCCUGACGAGACUUUGCCCAUUCUGGUAGAGGGAUACAAGAAGAGAAUCGUGAGGUCUACGAAUGUCAUCAACGAAACGAUGAGGUCACGGUUGCUUGACGAUUCUGAGCAGCUUAUGUAUCAUAUGCUGUUGGAUACGGUUCUGUAUGAUUGUUGGAUUACCCAAAUCCUUUUCUGUACUUCCAAUGCACAAUUUAUGGAAUUGUACUCUUCCCAAAGAAUAAAUGAUUCAAUAUCUACGCCAUUAGACCUAGAAAACUCUUUAUUGAAUAAACUGUCCGCCAAUAGUUUGAAGAUGUCUUUGUUACAGAGGAAUAAGUUUCACUUACGUCAUCGGGAAAUUGUCAAAGGUAUGCACGCCAUUUAUCACAACCGACAUAAUACCAUUAAUGAAAAGAAGACUUUGAAUGUGCUGUUCGAGAAUAGCAAGCGAGUCCUUUCGGACUUGAAUGGUUGCUUAAGAAGCACUGAUCAACCAACUCCCUUAAAUCUAAAGAUCGCAAGCUACAUUCUUUGUAUAAUAAACGUCAAAGAACCCAUAAAGUUGAAGACUUUUGUUGAAAGUGAGUGCAAGGAGUUGGUGUCCUUUGCGCAGAGAAUCCUGAAUAAUUUGGUUCAGUGA